CCCGCCCGGGGAUCGAGCCGCCGCCGCCGCCAUGAGCUGCUCGCCCGUGAACGUGAAGAAGCUGAAGGUGUCGGAGCUGAAGGAGGAGCUGAAAAAGCGGCGCCUCUCCGACAAGGGCCUCAAGGCCGAGCUCAUGGAGCGGCUCCAGGCCGCGCUAGACCAGGAGGAGGCCGGCGGGGGAGGCCCCGCCAGCGGCGCAGUUGAGCCUGGCAACGGCAGCAUGGAGGAGGAGGCGGCCGAGAGCGGAGGGGGCGCCUCACAGCUCCACCAAGGGGGAGGCCCCGACCAGGCCGCGGCCUCCAUCGCGGAGGACGACGACGAGGAAGGGCUGGAGGCCGCUGAUGGCGACGCCAUGGAGCUGGGCGAGGAGAACGGCGAGCGGGCGGGGGCCGGGGGCGGCCCCAUGGAAGAGGAGGCGGGCGGCGAGGAGGAGGAAGAGGAGGAGGAUGAGGAUGAGAACGGAGACGACCAGGGUUUCCAAGAGGGGGAGGACGAGCUCGCAGACGAGGAGGACGCGGCCGGGGACGCCAACGGGCACGGGGAGCAGCAGCCGGCGCAGUCUCAGCCCCAGCAGCAGCCCCCGCCGCUCCUGCAGCCGCGCGGCGCCGCCAAGGAAGCCCCCAGCAAGAGCGCUGGCGGCGCCUCGGGGCCCCCGUCGGCGGCGGCCUCCGGUCCGGCGGGCCCCGCCAAGCAGCAGCAGCAGAAGAAAGCGGAAGGCGGCGGUGGCCGCCCCGGGGCUCAGGCCGCCGGGGGUGAUGCUAAAGCAGAACAAAAACCUGGUGAGAAAAAGAGAGGAGUGAAGAGACCACGUGAAGACCAUGGCCGUGGAUAUUUUGAGUACAUUGAGGAAAAUAAGUACAGCAGGGCUAAGUCACCUCAACCACCUGUUGAAGAAGAAGAUGAACAUUUUGAUGACACAGUGGUUUGUCUUGAUACUUAUAACUGUGACCUGCAUUUUAAAAUCUCAAGAGACCGCUUUAGUGCUUCCUCUCUGACCAUGGAAAGCUUCGCUUUCCUUUGGGCUGGAGGGAGAGCCUCGUAUGGAGUUUCUAAAGGCAAAGUGUGCUUUGAGAUGAAGGUUACAGAAAAGAUUCCUGUUAAACACCUGUAUACAAAAGACAUUGACAUACACGAAGUGAGAGUUGGCUGGUCACUGAAUGCAAGUGGAAUGUUGCUUGGUGAAGAAGAAUUUUCUUAUGGGUAUUCUCUAAAAGGAAUAAAGACAUGCAACUGUGAGACUGAAGACUUUGGUGAGAAGUUUGAUGAAAAUGAUGUGAUUGGGUGUUUUGCUAAUUUUGACGGUGAUGAAGUGGAACUCUCGUAUUCCAAGAAUGGACAAGAUCUUGGUGUUGCAUUCAAAAUAAGCAAGGAAGUUCUUGAUGGGCGGCCACUCUUCCCACAUGUUCUCUGCCAUAACUGUGCAGUUGAGUUCAACUUUGGCCAGAAGGAGGAGCCUUACUUUCCUGUACCAGAAGAGUACACCUUCAUCCAGAAGGUCCCCUUGGAGGAUAGGGUCCGAGGACCAAAGGGACCUGAGCAAAAGAAAGACUGUGAGGUGGUGAUGAUGAUUGGCUUGCCUGGAGCUGGCAAGACUACAUGGGUUACCAAACAUGCAGCAGCAAAUCCUGGGAAAUACAACAUUCUUGGGACAAACACUAUUAUGGACAAAAUGAUGGUGGCAGGUUUUAAGCGGCAGAUGGCAGACACUGGAAAACUUAACACACUGCUGCAGAGAGCUCCACAGUGUCUUGGAAAGUUCAUUGAGAUUGCAGCUCGUAAGAAGCGGAAUUUCAUUUUGGAUCAGACAAAUGUGUCUGCAGCUGCGCAGAGGAGAAAAAUGUGCCUGUUUGCAGGCUUCCAGCGCAAAGCAGUUGUUGUUUGCCCAAAAGAUGAAGACUACAAGCAAAGAACACAAAAGAAGGCAGAGGUGGAGGGAAAAGAUCUUCCAGAGCAUGCAGUUCUCAAAAUGAAAGGGAACUUCACACUGCCAGAGGUAGCAGAAUGUUUUGAUGAAAUAAUCUAUGUAGAGUUACAAAAAGAAGAAGCUCAGAAGCUUUUGGAACAGUACAAAGAAGAGAGUAAGAAGUCUCUUCCACCAGAAAAGAAACAGAACACUGGCUCAAAGAAGAACAAGAAAAGCAAUAAAAAUCAGUUUAAUAGGGGUCAGAGAGGACGUGGAGGAUUCAACAUGCGGGGCAACUUCAGAGGAGGAGUCCCUGGCAAUCGUGGUGGAUACAAUAGGAGGGGAGGCAACAUGCCUCAGCGAGGCGGUGGAGGUGGUGGUGGUGGCGGUGGCAGCAGUGGUGCGAUUGGCUACCCGUAUCCUCGUGGCCCUGUCUUUCCAAGCAGAGGUGGCUACUCAAACAGAGGAAACUAUAACAGAGGUGGAAUGCCCAACAGGGGAAACUACAACCAGAACUUCAGAGGAAGGGGAAAUAAUCGUGGCUACAAAAACCAAUCUCAGGGCUACAACCAGUGGCAGCAGGGUCAAUUCUGGGGUCAGAAGCCAUGGAGUCAGCAUUAUCACCAAGGAUAUUAUUGAAUACCCAAAUAAAUGAACUGAUACAUAUUUCUCCAAAACCUUCACAAGAAGUCGACUGUUUUCUUUAGUAGGCUAACUUUUUAAACAUUCCACAAGAGGAAGUGCCUGCGGGUUCCUUUUUUAGAAGCUUUGUGGGUUGAUUUUUUUUCUUUUCUUUUUUUUGUACAUUUUUAAUUGCAGUUUUAAAGUGAUUCGUAAGAGAACCUCAGCAUUGUGCACGAUAAGAGAAUGUGUCAGUAUUUCAGGGUUCUACAUUUUAUCUGUAAAAUGUGACUUUUUUUUUACCACAACAAAAGUAAAACGUUGCUUUGUACCUGGUGUCUUUUUAUUAAAGAAUUUUCUCCUUUUUCCCCAUCCCCCAAUUUCUAAGAAACAGUCGUGAGUCAUGUCACAAUACAAUAGAAAUGUUAGCAACCAGAUUGGCACGGAGGCUCCUUGCUAGCCCUCCGCAACACCGUGAGAUUAUGUAAAGCUCUGAAUUACACUCCACCAUCCCUACAAAGCUGCUGGGUGGGGAGGGGUUGGAGCGGGAGGUCAAAGUUUCCGGCAAUAACUAGGACUUUUUUGUAACACAUAGAACUCUGUGAGAUGCUGGGGGCAAAGAGGAAACCCGGGGCAAAGUAGUGAAGGUGGAGUGUAUGUAGAAGCUCUUAAAGUUGUAAAACUUGGUUGCAUUAUUUGUGGAGGCUCAAACUUGUGAAGGUACAACACCAUAAUUUCUUUUCCAUUUGUUCUGCAUUUUGAUUCUGAAAAGAAGCUGGCUUUGCCCAUUUCUUAUUAAACAAAACUUGUUGUAAAUCCAGUUGUCUAAUGGGAUCUAUAUGAAGUUAGCUGUGUGUCUGUAUAACUCUUUCCCCACAAAAUACUGUAUACCUAGUGUGCUUGUAGUAGUUACUCCACCAUUUUGUAAGCUAAUGAAACUGUGAGUCACCCAUUUUCUAUCUAAUUUUUAAUCAUGUCAAUUCUCAAAUGGGUGUAUCUCCUUAGCCUGCUGAUUCCUUUUCUCUUUGAAGAAAGUGGGUGGAGAAAAUUAACUCUAGACGUUUGUUUGCAAUAAAAUAAAUUCAUUUUA